AUGUCUUAUGCAUACCUCUUCAAAUACAUAAUAAUCGGAGACACCGGAGUCGGAAAGUCUUGCCUUCUUCUUCGAUUCGCUGACAACCAAUUCCAACCCGUCCACGACAUAACAAUAGGUGUCGAAUUCAAUGUAAGGACAAUCAACAUUGACAACAAACCAAUCAAGUUACGAAUAUGGGACACAGCAGGUCAAGAAAAAUUCAAAUCAAUAACAAGAUCGUAUUACAGAGGAGCCGCGGGUGCAUUACUGGUUUAUGAUAUAACAAGGAGAGAAACAUUUGAUCACUUAGCUAACUGGUUAGAAGAUGUGAAGGAACAUGCUAAUUCAAAUAUGGUCUUUAUGUUAAUCGGAAAUAAGUCCGAUCUCACUAAGAAGCGCGCUGUGAGUACUGAAGAAGGCGAGAAGUUUGCGAAUGAGAAUGGUUUGAUCUUCAUGGAGGUUUCGGCGAAGAGUGCAGAAAAUGUUGAUGAGGCGUUCAUAAAAACUGCUGGAAGAAUAUAUAAAAAGAUUGAAGAUGGAGAAAUUGAUGUCUUGAAUGAGAGUCAUGGAAUCCAAAUUGGAAUUGGUAGUAAACCGUCAGUUGCUAUGGAUCAUAAGGUCACUUUUGUUUAUGGUAGAAGCUGUUGCAAUAGUUGA